GAAAAGGCCCUGACGUACGGCCUCCACAAGCCCCUUCUCAGCCGCCUUGCGUACGAGGAGCACAUGUUCUUCUUCGUCGCCGUCUGCUUCGUCAACGUUGUCUUCAACGUCUUCGUCUUCGUCCUCCUCGACCUCCACAUCCUCGUCAAGCACUACGCCGUCAAGUUCAUCGUCGAGCACAACGCCGUCGAGCACGCCGUCUUCAACCGGUUCCAGCUCCGGCUCCUCGACAUCGUCGGCCCCGUCCUCAUCUGGGGGUGUCACCGGCUCUGGGUCCUCCGGCACCAGCAGCUCCCCGUCGACAUCGUCUUUCACUUCCACUUCAUUCUCAUUCUCAACAUCCACGCAUACAAGUACCUUUGUGUGAGUGUUCUAACGACUAAUGCUGCCGGCUCCAUCUUCACCUCCACCGUCAUUUCGACCGAGACCUCCACCCAGACUAUUCUACCCACGGCCAACAGCGACGCAUCUUCCUCCAAGUCACACACUGGCGCGAUUGUGGGUGGUGUCGUUGGCAGUGUCGGCGGUGCUCUCUUGCUUGCUGUUCUCGUCUUCCUGCUUUUCCGUCGCAGGAGGCGUGAUGACUUUGACGGCAACUUCGACCCUGAUCGUGUCGGCGGUGGCGGUACGCUUCCCCACAUAGACCUCGCAGGUGCGGACGAUGUCGAGCCGUACACGUAUAAUCCUGCUGGCUCGGGCGCUAUUGGACCCGGCUCACAAGGUGCCCCGGGCUCCGCCGCGGGCUCGGAUGAGAUGCGCCAGCACGGCAACGUCCCUGCAUUCCUCGCGGGCGGCAUCGCAGGCGCUGGCGUGGGUGCCGCCGCAACACACCGCUCGAUGAGUCCCCCGACAGUCUCUGCGCCGUCACAUUACAGCCAGAGCGCGUCGCAGUACGCGCCCUCGUCCUCGGAGCACUACCCCGACUACUCGGCCUACAGCGGCGGAUACGCCCAGCCGGGCGCAGGAUAUGCGCCGGACUUCCGGCAACCCUCUCCCGGGCCGUCGCUCGCGAUGACGGGCUCGUCAUCUGGUGGUGGAUACGGCGCUGCUGCGGGUGCGGGUGCCAGCAUCAUUACACUUACAUGGACGAUCUGCGUAGUAGGUAGUCUCAGUUUGGUACGGGAAAUAUCCAUGUUUGCGCGGGUGGCCAUUAAUGAUUGUGGGGACCAGUGUCUAAGUGUCCGAAAGAUGCAAGCAUGGGGACGAGUCCAGUAA